UGGAAAUGUGGCAUGUGCACUGCACCACUUCCAGCUUUCAUCUUGUCAUCCAACAUCGUUCGCUUGGAUGUGGCAUGCUUUUGAUGUCGUUCCAAGCUACAGGCUUCAAUUCUUCCAGCCUUGCAAUAAGCAAUCCUCAUCCAGAUUUGUCCUUUUUCAGUCUCUUUUUUUGGAUAAAGCCGCCAAUGUGCGAGCUUCUGGCUUAAAGGUUGAUUUGGGCUCGACGGACACAAUCAUCGACAUCACCCCUGAUUCCCCGUCAUCCCACCAUUUCCCAGCCGGACAAUGUUGAGGUAACACUGCCCGGGAGAGACAACGCUCAGAGAUGUCGCUUGCAAGCACACCUGUGACACGCAGCCUAGUGCUGGGAACGGUUGGGCUUUCGAUUGCAGCCAGCCUUUUCGACAUCAAGCACUAUUUCUACAUCUCGGUCGACACCCACCUCCUGCAGUACCGCCAGACAUGGCGUGCCCUGAUAUGGCAGCUGUGCUAUACCAACUCAUCUGAGGUGCUUUUUGCAGCUAUGACACUGUACAGCCUACGUGUGGUUGAGCAGCACUGGGGGUCCCGGAAGUUUGCCUCAUUUGUCCUUGUGUCUGGGCUGCUCACAUCUCUUAUCACGCCAGUCCUGCUGACGGUUAUUCUCCGGCCGCUCAGCUGGGGACUCUUUGACUUCCUGCCGGCUGGCCCGACUCCCAUAAUCUUUGCCAUCCUGGCCCAGUAUCAUGCCAUGGUACCGCACAUCUACCAGUACAAAAUCGUUCUCUCCACGGGCGCCCCGACCGGCAGUGACCAGGACGACGUUCCCGCAUUGAUAUUCUCGGACAAGUCGACCAAGUAUCUCAUGGCGCUUCAACUGGCACUGUUCCAAUGGCCGGGCUCGCUCCUCGGGGCUGGGAUCGGGUGGCUUGUGGGAUACGCCUGGCGCAGCGAACUGCUGCCGGGCGCGCUAACUAGAUGGCGGGUGCCGGGGUGGGUAGUGGGAUUGCGAGCUCAGACAGGCAGCGACAGGCUCGAGGGGAUGAGGAGGAGACUCGAGAGUGAGGGCGCAUCGACAGGGGCUGCGUCGGGGGCCCAACAACAGGCCGGAAGCGACGGCAAUAGACGGCGAACCAUGGGGCAGCAGCUUCUGGAUGAGGUCCGAGAGGCGUUUUAAGUGGAGUUGACCUAGGAACUGGGAGCACUCAAUCUGGCUUUAUGGAGGCUGUACCGGUUUGAGUGCAAUACACAUCCUUUUGAGAAUAUGUCCCAAACGACACUACAACUGCAAGGACAUCCUACCUAACUCGGAUCAGGACAGAGAAUCAGGGUCUCUUCUCCCAAGUGCAACAUGUAAGUCAAUGGAGCCGUUAGUCUGGAACUCGACGGCCUGCACAACGACAACUCAUGCAAACAGGACGAAUUGCAACUCUCGGAUGGCAAUCACAAUAAUCCCAAUUCGGCUCUGAUUAGGUACCAGCAGAUAGCCCAGCCGCAUCAAGGCUUGCCACCGCCGCAUCAUGCACCGUCAAGAUAAACCGACCAUGGGCUAAAAAUAC